AUGAUUGUACUCUCAACUUAUAAAAAAUGCCUAGUUUUAUUAUAUUAUUUUUUUCUUUUCUGGGUCCUUAAAUAUUAUAAGUUAAGCUGUAAAUAUAAUAAUUUUAAGAACAAUAUUUAUUUUUUAAAAGAACGAAGAAAUAAUAUAAUAUAUUUAUUUAAUAAUUAUAAAAAAGAAAUUUUUAUUUAUCAUUAUUCAAAUAGAAAAGGUAAACCAAGAAGUAUACCUCUUUUUGUUCAUCCACGUAAUUGUUUUAUUUACAAGAAAAAUGAAAAUCAAACUCUCAAUGCUCCUUUUUUAACGAAGAGAAGGAUAUAUAUUAAUAAUAACAACAGAACUAAAAAGAACAUCUUCUCUUUAUUAUUUGUUUUUUUUUCAAGAAUAAAGUAUCAUGGGGGGGGUGAAAAAAAAAAAAAAUUAUAUUAUAACAACGUGGCGAAAAGGAAUAUACGAUUAAAUGAAAAAAAAGAUAAUACAUAUGAAAAUCAUAACCAGUGUGAUCAUAAUAUAAAAAAAAAUAAUAACAUGAAGGAGAAUCUUGAAAAAGGAGAAUCUGAACAUGACACACAGAUAGAUAACACAGAUGAAGAAAUAAACCAGAGUGAGAGAAAAUUUCUGACAGACACUAAAUAUUAUAAACGAAGUAAAUAUUCUAAAGCUGGAUAUAUAAAAGAAAAAAAUAAUAAUAAUAAUAGUAAUAUUAUUGAAAAACAUCAGGAAGAAACAAAAAAAAAAAAAAAAGAAAAAAAGGGGGUAGACCUUUUUGAUGAUUUUUUAAAUGAUAGAUAUAAUAUUUAUUAUACAGAAAAUAAAGAGGAUUUGUUUGAAAAAAAAAAAAAAAAUGAAAAAAAAAUGAGUUUACCAGAUUUUUUUAUUUUAAAUUAUUAUCUAGAUAAAAAUAGAAAGAAUAAUUUAGAUUUAAUAAAUGAUAUAAAUCAUAAUAAUAAUAUAAUGAAAGUUGGAUCUAAUUCAACAAGUUCGUUUUCUAAUAUGAUAAAAAAUACGUUACAAAAAAAUGUAUCAGAAGAAAAAGUAGAUUCUAACAAUGGCAAUAUAAACAAUGAUAGUAAAAAAAAUAGAAAUGAUAAUCAUAGUAGUGAUAGUAGUAGUGAUAGUAGUAGUGGUUAUAAUAAUUAUCAGUCCUAUAGUAAACAUACAGAAUUCAUAAAUAAUUAUAGUGUCAUAGGACAAAUAAUUGGAGUACAUGGUCUUUUAGGUUGGUUAAAAAUUAUAAGUUUUACUACAUUUAAUGAUAUACGUUUUGAACCUGGUUGUUAUCGCUAUAUAUUUAUGAAUAAUUAUAAUUAUCCUUUACCUAUAAAAAUAUUAGAAGUAAAAGAAUCACAAAAGAUUUCUUUUCUUUAUAUAAAAAUAGAAGGUAUUAAUACAAGAGGUGAUGCUUUAAAAUUAAAAAAUUGCUUAAUAUGUGAUGAUAAAAGAACAUUUCCAGAUAUAGGAGAAAACCAAUAUAUAUCUACAGAUCUUUUAAAUUUUGAUAUUUAUAUUUUUAAUGAUUUUUCACAUACAUCUAUUGGAAAUGUAAAUGGAUUUCUAUCGAAAUAUGAUUAUAUAAAUAGUAAAUCCGUACAAGAAAUAUCAGAUGAUUUAAUUAAAAUACAUUUAAAAAAAAAUAUUUCACUAGAAAAAGUAUUCAAUAUUAUUAAUGUUGCUAAGUUAUAUAAUCAAAAAAAUAAUUCUUCUAAUCUUCAAGAUUCACAAUAUAAUAGUCCUAUCAAAAAUAUUCAAUCUAUUAAAGUCUUAAUAAAUAAAUCAGAUACAAAUAAUACAUAUGAAGAAAAUAUAGAUGAUACUAACAUACCAUCUGAGCCUAUAAAAAAUGAUAAAAAUUAUUAUGACUCCUUAGAUAAUUUUGAUGGAUACACUUAUAAAAAAAUAUUUAAAUGUGAUUAUUGUGAUCAUAUUUUUGAUGACAUCAAAGAAGCCAGUAUACAUGAGAAUUCCCAUUUCUCUUCAGACGAAGAACUUUUAUAUAACCAUACAAAUAUUGAUGCAUCUGACAAACAAAAGGUUUAUGAGGUAACAAAGGACCAGGCCAAGAAGCUAAAAAAUAUACAAUAUUUUUUGGUGCCAAUCGUAAAGGAAAAAACAAUAAGGUCCGUUCAUUAUGAAGACAAAAAAAUAUACCUGGAUAUAAGUACCAUUUUUUUGUUGGACGAUAACAAAUGA